ACUUUUUGUGUCAAACGCCAGCUCAGUUUAGUACUGUGUUUUUGUGUUGUUUCUAGUUCUAAUUAAAUUAAUUGCAAAUAACGUUGCAGAAUUAAUAUAAAUACUAAUAAACCGGAUCACAAUGGCUAUGCGUGACUAUGCCGCAGACAAGGAGUCGUUCAAGAACUUCUUCGUGGAUUUCUGCCAGACAGAUGAUGAUGGACGGAAACAUUUCAAAUAUGCUGAGCAGCUUACAAAACUUGCACACAGAGAAGUGGUAGCGUUUGUUGUGGAUUUGGAUGACCUGAAUGAAAUUAACAAGGAACUCGCGAUGGCGGUCACACAGAACACUCGCCGAUAUACUAAUAUGGUUUCUGAUGCAGUUUAUGAGAUGUUGCCAGAUUACAAACAUAGAGAGGUGCCAGCAAAAGACGCUUUGGAUGUGUACAUUGAGCACCGUGUAAUGCUGGAAGCUCGGAACCAUAGAAUCCCUGGAGAAAUGAGAGAUCCAAGGAAUAGAUAUCCUCCAGAACUUAUUCGUAGAUUUGAGGUGUAUUUUAAGGACCUGUCUACAUCCAAAUCUGUGCCUAUUAGGGAAGUGAAAGCUGAACAUAUAGGGAAACUAGUUACUGUUCGAGGCAUAGUGACUCGGUGCACAGAUGUUAAACCCCUACUCGUAGUAGCUACAUAUUCGUGCAGCGCAUGUGGUGCAGAGACUUACCAGCCAGUGAGAUCAUUGCAGUUCACUCCGCCACCAGCUUGUAGUGCAGACGAGUGUCGGCUCAACAAAACUGCUGGACAACUCCAUCUACAGACCAGAGGCUCACGUUUCCAGAAGUUCCAGGAGCUUAAGAUUCAGGAGCAUUCUGACCAAGUGCCAGUGGGGCACAUUCCGCGUCAGCUGUCGGUAUAUUGCCGCGGCGAUACGACGCGGCGCGCACAGCCUGGCGACCACGUGGCCGUCACCGGUGUCUUUCUGCCGCUGCUCAGCGCCGGGUUUCGCCAGAUGGUGCAGGGUCUGCUAUCUGAUACUUACCUUGAAGCUCAUAAUGUCAGCUGUCUAAACCAAAGCGAAGAUAGCGAGAUGGCAGACGCACUCACCGAGGAAGAGUUGGCAGAACUAGCUGACGAAGACCUAUACUCUCGCAUGGCGCGUAGUCUGGCGCCGGAGAUUUAUGGCCACGAGGAUGUUAAAAAGGCGCUCUUACUGCUGCUUGUUGGUGGUGUAGAUAAACGUCCAAACGGCAUGAAGAUCCGCGGCAACAUCAACAUUUGCUUGAUGGGCGACCCGGGCGUGGCAAAGUCGCAACUGCUUAACUACAUUGACCGGCUAGCGCCGCGUAGCCAGUACACUACCGGCAGGGGCUCUUCUGGCGUUGGUCUUACAGCUGCUGUUUUGAAGGACCCAUUCACGGGCGAGAUGAUGCUGGAGGGUGGGGCGCUAGUGCUGGCUGACCAGGGCGUAUGCUGCAUCGACGAGUUCGACAAGAUGGCCGAUACCGACCGCACUGCCAUUCACGAGGUUAUGGAGCAGCAGACUAUCAGUAUUGCCAAGGCAGGUAUAAUGACUUGCCUGAACGCUCGCGUGUCCAUCCUAGCAGCCGCUAACCCAGCUUACGGGCGCUACAACCCGAAGCGUACCAUCGAGCAGAAUAUUCAGCUGCCCGCUGCGCUGCUUUCGCGUUUCGACCUCCUCUGGCUCAUUCAAGACAAACCUAACCGCGAAAAGGAUCUAGAACUGGCCAAGCACAUUGCGUACGUGCACCAGCACUCUGCGCAGCCGCCGACUGAGACGCGCGCCCUGCCCAUGCGACUCGUGCGUCGCUAUGUCGGGCUCACCAAGCGCAAGCACCCUUUCGUGCCGCAGAACCUCGCUGAUUAUAUCGUGUCAUCAUAUGUAGAGCUGCGCCGGGAAGCGCGCAACGCACGUGACGUAACAUUCACAUCGGCGCGAAACCUGUUGGCAAUACUGCGUCUGUCUACGGCGUUGGCGCGACUGCGGUUAUCCGAUGUCGUGGAGAAGGAAGACGUUGCGGAGGCUAUACGACUCGUGGAGAUGUCGAAACAGUCAUUGCAGCAUAUUGAUGAGAACGUGCAGAGGGGUAUCAGCUCUACAGAUCGCAUCUUCGCGAUCGUGCGUGAUUUGGCGGGCUCCAACAAGACGGUGAAGAUCGCCGACGUCAUUGAGCGCUGCGUCGACAAGGGAUUCAAGCCCGAUCAAGUGGAUGCAUGUAUCGAGGAGUACGAAAAUCUUAACGUUUGGCAAGUGAAUCAAGUUCGGACAAAGAUCACAUUUAUGUGAAACCACAUUAUUAUGGUAUAUGUUACAAUUUAAGGAACCAGUGUGCCUGAUAAUGUUCAUUGUUUAAUUUCGAAUCUUAUGUUGUGUGACUGAAAUAAUAGAAUAUUUUUAUAAUUUGAUAAG